CAGACCGCACCGUACCGCCGCGCCGGCCGGCGGGAGGGGAUGAGCGGCGGCUAUCGCGCUCCGGUACAUUGCCGCGCCGCCCCCGGGGAUACCUGGAGCCGCCACCAGCCCUCCCACCGCCGCGCUGAGCCAUACCCGGCGUAGGGUACCUUCUCCUUUCUCUUACUCUGCCUUUCUUUUCCAAACUGCUCUUACCUUCAUUCAGUUCCCCAACAGCAGCGUGGGCACCAUGUCCUUCGACCCCACCAUCCUGACACCUGCAAACAGCUCUGCCAAUGGGACCACCAGUGGGGCCGCGGGCGGGAAGUCCGUCACCAUCCCCACUGUCAUGUUCAUCUUCGGUGUGGUGGGCAACCUCAUAGCCAUCGUGGUUCUCUGCAAGUCCAGGAAGGAGCAGAAGGAGACCACUUUCUACACCCUGGUCUGUGGACUGGCAGUCACUGAUCUCUUGGGGACCUGCCUGGUGAGUCCAGUCACCAUUGCCACAUAUUUACAGAACCGCUGGCCAGGAGGACAAGAACUAUGUGAGUACAGCUCCUUCAUCCUUCUCUUCUUUGGACUUUCUGGCCUCAGCAUUAUCUGUGCCAUGUCUAUAGAGAGGUACCUGGCCAUCAACCAUGCCUAUUUCUACAACCAUUAUGUAGACAAGAAGCUGGCAGGGCUCACGCUGUUUGCCAUCUAUGCGUCCAACGUGCUGUUCUGUGCCCUCCCCAGCAUGGGACUCGGCAGAUCCACCUUGCAGUUCCCUGAAACUUGGUGUUUCAUAGACUGGCGCACAACAGAAGCCACCCAUGCAGCAUAUUCCUACAUGUAUGCCGGCUUCAGCUCCUUUCUGAUUAUGGUCACUGUGAUCUGCAACAUCCUGGUGUGCGUAGCUCUCAUUCGCAUGCACCGCCAGUUCAUGCGACGCAUGUCCUUGGGAACAGACACCACCUCUAGCCGUUUAUCAGACUUUCGCAGGCGCCGGAGCUUCCGUCGAAUGGCUGGAGCAGAGAUCCAGAUGGUUAUUCUGCUCAUUGCCACUUCCCUGGUGGUGGUCAUCUGCUCCAUUCCUUUGGUGGUCCGUGUCUUUGUGAACCAGCUGUACCAGCCAGCGCAAGUGGAGGAUCCAAAGCAAAACCCUGACCUGCAAGCCAUCCGCAUUGCCUCGGUGAACCCCAUUUUGGAUCCAUGGAUCUACAUCCUGCUCCGCAAAACCGUGCUCAGCAAAGCCAUUGAGAAAAUCAAAUGCCUCUUCUGCCGCAUCGGAGGGGCUCGGAGGCAGCACUCGGGGGCCAAUUUCAACUGCGUGGACGGCCACAGGACCUCCUCUGCCAUGUCAAGUCAGUCACCCUCCUUCAUCUCCCGUGAGCUGAGGGAGAUCAGCAGCACCUCACAAACCCUGCUCUAUCCUCCAGAGUUGAGUGAGAGCAGUACCGGGGGGCGCGUGCUGCUGCCCGGCCCCGGUGCCAGCUUGGCUCAGACUGACACCACAUCCGUAAGGACACAGCGUAGCUCUGAGACCUCAGACUCCUCACAGGGGCAGGACUCUGAGAGCAUCUCCCUGGUGAAUGAGAUUAGGUCUGGUGGCAGGGCCAGCUCUACAUCCAAGGGCAGUCCUCUCCAGGUCACCUUCCCUACAGAGACAUUGAAUUUAUCAGAAAAAUGUAUAUAGAUAGCUAUGAAAGGCAUCAACCUUUGGGGAUACUUCCUGGUACAUUGGAAAAAACUGGUGCAAUAGAUAGGUGUUCUGUGUAUUCAAGGGGAGAGGGGUUCAGCUGUGCUCCAAAGGGCUAUUUUUUGCUUGUUUUGUGAUGGGUACAUUUAUUUUAGACUACUGAGGACUGUGUACAACUGACACUGCUCUUGGGGAUAUUUACAUCAAAAAUGGUACAAGGCAGGUCUAUUGGGACUGGAAACAUGAGCUGCCUUGUCUUGUUCUAGGACACAGGAUAGCUACUGGGCCUCUGGAAAUAGAAAGACCCACCAUUUCAUGUUUUCUUUCUUUCACUUUCCACAUCUGGUAGAACUGUUUUAUCUCCCCAUGGUUGCUCAGCUAUCAAGAGGUGUAGCUUUUGGUACCAGAGCUGAAUGUGAGGCAGCUGCUACGAAUGGACAGAGCUACUCUGAGAGCUGCCUGGGGAAGGGUUUUAAAGUGUCUCAUUAAAGCAUGAAAAUGUGAAUUUUUACCAUUGUAUAUAUAUCAGGAUUCAAAAUAUUGAAAAGUCUAUUCUUCUCUGUGAGAAGGUUUUUUGUUAAUACAAGGUAUAUAGAAAUGAUUGCCAGCUUCCUCUUCCCCCAGAAUUUCCUGCUGAUAAGAUAUUCUUGGUUUUAGAUUUGUUGCCUAUGCUAGAUUCACAGCUGAUGAGGUAAUUCUCUAGGUGAGAAUACAUAUGCACUUUCUGAGUGAAAUGGGAAUAUGUAUGCUUAUUAAGAGAGAAAAAGAAAACAUGUACUUUCAGUUAAAAAUACUCAUUUUCAGUAUAUGUAGAUACUAAAAAGACAGAUUUUAUUUAUGUGCUGAGAAUGUAACAUGUCUGCACCUCUCUGAGUACUUUGGCCCACGUUCUGCACACACUAAGGCACACACCUAACAUCGCCUACCGGAGUUGUCCCUCUGCUGCCAGGGAGGCUCCUUACAUGUAGACUUAAGGAUAUAUAGAAGUGUUUUCAAUAUAAGGGCCGAACUUUCAACCCGUGGUUAAUAGUCUUAAUAUUCACAUUAGUCAAAGCAUCACUGAUGUAAUAAAAGGCAUUUUUUCAUAAUGUUUAUUAUUUUACUUUAAAUAGUAAAUAGACUUUCAUGAGUGUGUAAUCUGAUACUCCAUCAAAUAGGUGUACAAAACCAUGGAAGACUCUUCAUUUAAAAGUAUAGGUUAUAUAGAAACAUAUACUGGUUUUGCAGCUCUUGGAAAUUGUUUGUUCCUAGAGUUUUAAUGGCAAACAC